AUGUUUGAGGCAUUAAGGCGCUCCCCAUUCUCCAGUCUCAUUCCCUUCUUUCGCCUGUUCUACUCCACCCCUUCACCUCUCCACUACCGCGGCGGCCUCCUUCUCCAUACAUUCCAGUCAGCUUCUGGUGUUCGUCAAGGCGACCCUUGCGGCCCUUUCCUGUACGCCCUAACGCAACAGCUAGCCAUCCAACCAACCCAGCAGCAGUCUCCCUCUAUUUUCAUUUCCUCAUACGCGGACGAUACCUACCUGGUCGGCCCUCCCUCAGACGUCUUUGCUGCAUACACUGACCUUACUGCUCGCCUUCUCUCUCUCGGCCUUACUGUUCAACCCUCUAAGUGCUCUCUAUGGGCCCCUAUGGACUUGCCCGAACACUGCAUUCCACCCUCCGGCAUUUCCAUCGCUGCAAACGGUCUCACUGUCGCUGGCGUUCCUACUGGCUCCGACGGUUAUGUCAUCUCUACAGUUCGUGACAAACUCGUUUCUUUCACUUCCUCCCUCCCCUUACUGCACCAACUGCAAGACCCACAGAUUGCCUCACGGAUCCUUUCCUUAUGCAUCACUGCCCGCCCUUCUUUCCUCCUCCGAACAAUCGCACCUUUUCCCGAAAUUCGAGAGCUACUCUCCUCAUGGGACAGCACUAUUUUCAGCCACUUCUCUCAGCUCCUAGGUUCCGAGUACUGGAAUCCCGCCUCUGAACAGUCCGCAUCGGCUCGUCUCCAAGCCUCGCUUCCAAUCCGCUUGGGUGGCUUCGAUCUUCGUAGCUCUGCAUCCAUCGCCCCUCUCAGCUACCUUUGCAGCUGGGCGCAGACUGUGUCGACCUUAUCCACCCACUUCAUCACUGACGGUGCUCCUCUUUUCCGCCCUUACAUUACCACAGACACCAUCAACCACUUGGACUCUUCAAUCUCAUCCACCUUGACCAUGCUCCCUCAAGACAUUCGUGAUCGAUUCCCCUCGUGGUCUGUGCUACAAUCGGGCUACCCCCCCAAACUCUUCACUCACCUCUCCCAACACCUCGAAGCCGAACUUCUGGAGCAGGUUCGAGCCACAGUCACGUCCCCGCUUCGCCUUGCUCGCCUAACCUCUUUGCAGGGCCCGCAUGCAGGUGACUGGCUUACUGUGGCUCCAUCCUCCCCGCACAUGCAGCUUUCAGAGACCGAGUGGCGCAUUGCAGCAGCUGUCCGCCUAGGCCUUCCUAUCCCACACCUUUCAUCUUCCCACACCUGCACCUGCAACUCCCCAUUCACCGAUCCUUCCAUCCAUUCUCACUUCCUUCGCUGCCCUAGCAACAACGAACCUGCGAAGGUGCAUGACGCUAUCAAGCGCGAAGUUCAUCGCAUUGCCUUGGAGCCGGGGUUCUCUGCGCAAAUGGAAGACCAACACCUACUGCCUGGCCGCCGAACAGACAUCACGUGUCGCGACAUCAGCUCUGAUACCACCUGGGCCUUGGAUGUUUCUGUUGCCGAUCCUCAGAGGGGGUUUCCGCACUCCAACGCAGCUACAGUCAUCGGUUCAGCAGCAGCCACUCGUGAAAGUGAGAAGACUACCCACUAUGCAGCAGCACUUCAUGACCGCCCAAACGUCAAACUGUUUCCCCUUGUCAUCGAAACCUUCGGUUGCUUCGGCUCUUCCUUCAACAACUUCCUCCGCCAAUGCAGCCGUAGGGGGGCUUCACAAGUUCGCGACUUGAGUGGUGCAACGGAUUCUCUUCCCCAGCUGUUUGAGACCAACUUCUACAAGCGGAUUUCUCUAGUCCAUCAGCGUGAGCAGGCUCGCACUGUUUGUCGGCGUGCGCAAAUUCGUUUUACCGAGGGCAUCAACCACACUCCACCCGAGGUGACUUCUCUUUCAGCGGCUGACUUUGCUUACUUGGGAGUGGACCAUUGA